UUGAAAUGUGCACAACUGUUGAAAAACUACCAAAUCCUUCGUACCGCUUGGCCACCGUAGCUGAUCGUGAGGAUCUUCGCUCGGCACUGUUGCGCUUUUUCUACCCGGAGGAAGGCUUGAACGUUUGCUACUACGGCGGAAGUGACGCCGCUCCGGACGAUGUCGAGUACUACGUGAGCAUGAUCGACGAAGGGUUUACGGAGCUGGCUAUAGAUCUGGGAACGGGUCAGAUCGUAGGGUUCAGCAUUGGUGGAUUGGUAGAAGCCCAAAGUUUUACCAAUUCGUCAGUAAAGACGGAAAAGUUUGCGGAUAUUUUAAAAUUUCUUGAAUUUAUGGCGAAGAACGCAAAUUUGGCGAAACGAUUUGGAGUUACGCACAUUUACAGCAUCUACGCAGUCGGAGUGGAUCCACGGUUUCGCCAGCAAGCCAUUGCCACCGCCCUGAUGGAGAACCAGUUCGAGAUGGCUCGAAAGAAGGGGGCUGCGCUGGUUUCGGCGGACACUACCGGAAUUAAGUCUGCGGGCUUGGUGAAGAAGCUGGGCAUGGAAGUUGUCUUUUCGAUCGCGUUCAACGACUACCGUGACGAAGUAGGCCGACAGAUAUUCGUGAGUUCGGGUUCGGAACUGACAGUUCAAACAGUAGUGAAACGAUUUUAGAAGUGUUGAAUAAAAAAAACUUGUGCUUGCUGUUCACUAGCCAGAGUAGUUUAUCUUAAAUUUUUACUAAAUUAUCAACUAAUUUCCCUUAUUGUGAAAAGUGUGACUACAUAUCAUGAGAAAAAUUCUCGCUUACAUUUUCAAAAGGUUCUAUGAAUAUAGGAAACCCAUGGGGCAUUGGUGGUUUUGAAAAAGUAUUCUAGAAUUUAAAUACAUCAAAUGAUCGGACACAGCCGUUACAACCGCAAACCGCAUUCCAUGGCAAUUGCACAGCUGUUCGCACAACGUUAAACCAGAAUGUUUGCAGGUAGUACUGAAAUUCUAAGCCUAAAAUAAAUCACGAUGCAAUUGAUCGAGAAA